UUCUGGAAACCGGUUUGUUACCCAGAAAAUGUUAUAUGUUCACUGAAGAACACUGGAACUUGGGUUACAUAGGAAACCGUUUCUACUUCUACGCCAAGAUCUCCGAACUUCUCGACACGAUAUUCUUCGUUCUCCGAAAGAAGAACAACCAAGUAUCCUUCCUCCACGUCUACCACCACACCGGGAUGGUCCUCAUCUACUUUGUGUUCAAGUACCACCCCUCGCACGUCACCAGUGUCAUCCGUAUGGUGAAUUCUGCGGUGCAUGUGGUCAUGUACGGGUAUUAUGGCUUGGCCGCUAUGGGACCCAGUAUGGCGAAAUACUUGACGUGGAAGAAGUAUAUAACGACGAUGCAGUUGGUACAAUUCUUCUUCUUCAUCGUUUACACCAUAGCUGCCGAUCUAGUAUCCGAGUGUCCGUUUUCCAUGUCACACACAAUAUAUCUAGUUUCUCAUAUUGGAAUAAUUGCUGUAUUCUUCGGAAACUUUUACAGACAAAAUUAUCUCAAGAAGCGUAAAAAUAACGGAAACCAACUUGGAGAAAACUCAAGCCCAAUAAUUCAGAAGAGUGAAUAA